AUGGGCGUACAGGGCUCAGACCAACUCGCCCCGGGAGUGGGAGGGGAGAUGCAUGGAAAACGCAUCCUUUCCUACCACCCUUAUGCCCAUUCUCCCUUCCAUGAUCCAUCCAUCCCCUACCAGAUGUGGCCGCUAGUGCCGGUGGCGGUGGUGACAGUGGGGGGCGCGUGGGCAUACUGGGCUCAGACCGACUCGCCCAGGGAGUGGGAGGGGAGACGCGUGGGAAGCACAUGCUUUUCUACCACUAUUCUGCCCAUAUCUCUCUUUCGUUCCCUACCAGAUGUGGCCGCUAGUGCCCGUGGCAGUGGUGGCAGUGGGAGGCGCAUGGGCCUAUUGGGCUCAGACCAGCUCUCCAAGGGAGUGGGAGGAGGGGCGGCGCAAGGGAAUCGUGCCCUUCUUAAAGCCAAAGAUUCGAAGGGUGUCAAGAGCGUGGAGGACAGGUGUACUAUCGCAACAGCAGAGCACGUCACACAUGCAUUCAUGUCUGACCUCCAUACCCUCCCCCCCCUCUCUCCCCCCUUCUCCCCCCGUACCCCCCCUCCUCCUCCCCUCGCCCGACCAGCACAGGUGUACUAUCGCAACAGCAGAGCCGUGGCAGUGAGCAUAACACAGCAGCAGUAUCUGGUGUACAGCAAGGACCAUGAGGGACAUGGGUGCUCACAUAACCACGUGGCAGUGAGCAUGGCACAGCAGCAAUAUCUGGUGUACACCAAGGAUUAUGAGGACGUGGCAGUGAGCAUGGCACAGCAGCAGUAUCUGGUGUACACCAAGGAUUAUGAGGACGUGGCAGUGAGCAUGGCACAGCAGCAGUAUCUGGUGUACACCAAGGAUUAUGAGGACGUGGCAGUGAGCAUGGCACAGCAGCAGUAUCUGGUGUACACCAAGGAUUAUGAGGACGUGGCAGUGAGCAUGGCACAGCAGCAGUAUCUGGUGUACACCAAGGAUUAUGAGGACGUGGCAGUGAGCAUGGCACAGCAGCAGUAUCUGGUGUACACCAAGGAUUAUGAGGACGUGGCAGUGAGCAUGGCACAGCAGCAGUAUCUGGUGUACACCAAGGAUUAUGAGGACGUGGCAGUGAGCAUGGCACAGCAGCAGUAUCUGGUGUACACCAAGGAUUAUGAGGACGUGGCAGUGAGCAUGGCACAGCAGCAGUAUCUUGUGUACACCAAGGAUUAUGAGGACGUGGCAGUGAGCAUGGCACAGCAGCAGUAUCUGGUGUACACCAAGGAUUAUGAGGACGUGGCAGUGAGCAUGGCACAGCAGCAGUAUCUGGUGUACACCAAGGAUUAUGAGGACGUGGCAGUGAGCAUGGCACAGCAGCAGUAUCUGGUGUACACCAAGGAUUAUGAGGACGUGGCAGUGAGCAUGGCACAGCAGCAGUAUCUGGUGUACACCAAGGAUUAUGAGGACGUGGCAGUGAGCAUGGCACAGCAGCAGUAUCUUGUGUACACCAAGGAUUAUGAGGACGUGGCAGUGAGCAUGGCACAGCAGCAGUAUCUGGUGUACACCAAGGAUUAUGAGGACGUGGCAGUGAGCAUGGCACAGCAGCAGUAUCUGGUGUACACCAAGGAUUAUGAGGACGUGGCAGUGAGCAUGGCACAGCAGCAGUAUCUGGUGUACACCAAGGAUUAUGAGGACGUGGCAGUGAGCAUGGCACAGCAGCAGUAUCUUGUGUACACCAAGGAUUAUGAGGACGUGGCAGUGAGCAUGGCACAGCAGCAGUAUCUGGUGUACACCAAGGAUUAUGAGGACGUGGCAGUGAGCAUGGCACAGCAGCAGUAUCUGGUGUACACCAAGGAUUAUGAGGACGUGGCAGUGAGCAUGGCACAGCAGCAGUAUCUGGUGUACACCAAGGAUUAUGAGGCCGUGGCACAGCAGCAGUACCUGGUGUAUGGCAUGGAUUAUGAGGGCCAUGGGUGCUCCCUCUCAGGAGCUUCACAUCACACAUACAUCUCCCCUUCCUCGCUUCCCUUCUGCCUUCCCUGUUGUCCACCAGACAUGGCAGUGAGCAUGGCACAGCAGCAGUACCUGGUGCAUGGCAUGGACUACGAGUGCUUGCAGCGCCUGCACUCAUGCAUGAUACAUCCCACCACCCCUCCCCCUUUUCUCCCUACCUUCUCCUGA